GGCGGCGCGGCCGCGGCACACCUGGUACUUGUGGGCGGGCACCACGCGGCGGCGGUAAGAUUCGACGACUCCGUGUGCCCGACAAAAAACCCAUUCCUCCGUCGACGUCCGACAAAACCGCCAGCGAAGACCGCGACACCACGUGUAAAAUAAUAAAUCCCGCGCUCACGCGAUUUACGAUCGUUUAAUGUCCAGCGCUUGCGCUCCGUCGAUUUCGUUAUUAACGCGAUUGUCGAGAAAAAAAGAAGAUUUCGACGGUAAACUUAAGUUUUACGGUGUUGUCAUGUCCCGUAUAUUAUUAUAUGGAUUUUGAUGACAAUAGUAUUAUUGUCAUACUCGCUUGAUACUCAUUGCGAAACCGACGGAUGAGUGUGUAACAAUAUGAUAAAUGGAGAACGGAUCUCUGCAAUCGUCCGCUACUUUCAAACUGAACAUAAUCUCCCGUGAGUACAUAUAUCCACCUAUCUAAAAACCGUAUAAUAAACGCGGGCCGUGCGUUAAACGCAUUGAAAAACUAUGGUCCCGCGAACUCUUUGGUUCCGGGGAAGAUGGGCAUAAGUCAACGUUGUAUAGUUUUCAAUAUGAGCGAAUUUAAUUUUGAAAAUUACCAAACGGCAUAAUAUUGGUAAACGAUUAAAUUGCUAAAUAAUAAAUAUAUCCCUUUAUUUUUUUUCACUAAACAAAAAGGAAAUUACAGUGACUCGAGGCAAAUCAAGAUUUUUAGUUUUCAGUGUAACAUGCGUUAGAAUACAGUAAGACCAAAAAUUAAAUGGGCAAAUUAGAAUAAGACAAAUUUAUAUAAAAAGUAACGCCCACAAUUAACUUAAGUCCAUCUCCUUAGGGGCCAAAAAGUAUGCGCCGAAAAAUUACGGAAUAUACAUUAAGAAUAAAUUACAUGUUUUUGAGUUUUAAUAUACCUUAUAUGUGAAAAAAAUGCACUACAUUUUCAAAAAUAUAUUUGGAAAAAAAUCUAAAAAUAUUUGAAAUAUUACUAAUGCAAAUGAUAAUAAUUAUGAUAUUAUCGCCUAUAGUAGGUACUUGUUACCAUCAACAUAUAUUUAGUUAGUUUAUUAAACAAUUAUAUAAAAAACCUUACAUGUACCGGACAUCCAAGGUAACAGAAACGAAUCUACGCAAUUAAAAAUCACUCGAUCUGGCUUCUGUUUAAGAACCGGCAUGUUUCAUUUCCCUUCAAAAGGCAGCGGCUAGGUAUUAUUAUAUAUUGUAAUAGCUUUAUAGGUAACAUUUUGAAAAUAUUGUAAAUAAUACCGCUAAAGGAUUAAAUAACGUCUGAAAAAAAAUAUACAAAAUUGAUUUUAUUCAAAAUAUCUAUAGAUAAUACAAUUUAUGAUGAACCUCGUAAUAAAUUUUCGAUUAUUUUUGGUGUAUCAAAAUAAUUUUACCUAGUUAAAAAUUAAAAAUUAAAAAUAGCUAUAAAAACUUCAACGAUUUCCAGUAUGGUUUAAUAUCGUUAUCACGCCAAGAAAGGACCAAUAAAAAUAUUCGAAGAAAAUUGCAAGUCCUCUCGAUUUGCAUAGUUAGUAUAGUUGGACAUAAAAACACGUAGAAAUGUACAUUAUUGUGAAAAAUAUAAGAAGAACACAUAAUUAUAAUGGUGUUGGCUAUUAGAAUAAUUGCGAAUAGUACGCGCAAUUUCUGAUCAGAUUUCAAAUAGCUUUUCUAAUGAACAUAUUACGUGUUUACACAGGUAUAAGUCCGUUUCGAAACCCCGCGAUAGAAUUUAACCGAUCGAUUUGGACUCGAGGAAAAAAACGACGCAAAUGCAAAUAAUGCGUACCUUUAUUAUAUUAUAUAGAAAUCUUAGUAUUUUAUUACGGAAUUAACGCGUUAUUCCCUUUCUAAAAGUACAACGAUCGCCGCGAAACCGUAUAAAAAUAAAACCGUUUAAUAUAAUACGAAAUAUAAUACGCGAUUUGGUUUAAAGAAAAAAAAAAUUUAUUGCGGGAAUACCUAUAUAGGUACACAAUGUUUUACGUUAACAUCGUUGACCGAAACGUUCACGGGUCGCGUAAUAUGUGAAACACUUAGACUGGAAAAUAAUUGUUUAUUAAAAAAAUAAUCAACGUAAUAGUACGAGUAUCUAACCAAAUGUAUAAUCUGAUUAAAUACGUCCAUUAAUUGGUUAUAGGUACCUAUUAUAUUUAUUUGUAAAAAAAAAAAAUACAAACAAAUUGUGAUCCAGUGUUAUAAUAGGUAUGCAGCCGUUUAAAUCUUUAUAUGAAAUCUAUUUUAAAUAAUAUUAUAGAAAGUCCGUGUAGUUUGAUUAUAAUUGUGAGUUCUGGUAGAAAAAAAAACAUAUAUAAGUGUAGUACAAUCUAUUUAAUGAAAAUACAGAAAUAAACUAAAUGAGAGUAAAUAUCUAAUUGUUACAUAAUAUAUAACUUAUAUUAAUAGGCAGUGCAUAUUAACGAUUUGAAAAGUAAAGUUUAAAGUUUGUUUUAACUUUUGAUUUUUUUUUUUUUUUUUUACUCAAUUCAUUUUAUUCACUUUAACUGUUAGAUUAAAAAAAAAAAAAAAAAUUAGUUAAUUUUGAAUUUUUUCUUUAACGCGAUAUUAAAUGUACAAUUUAUCCUGGCUAUACUAUACAGCUAUAAUCCGACUGAAAUGUUGGCUCAUGUUUUUAUUGUAUUUCUCUAAAAAAAAACCAUCUGGAAAAAAUCAUCUCGAAUCUCCGAAAAUCACGUCAAGUUGCUCUUUUUAUGGAUUCUUUUAAAAACCGCAAAAUACGAAAAAAAUAUUUUACAAAACUAUCGGUGAAAUCAAAAUGAAAAAGUUUAUAGAGAAUUCACCAAAACAGAUGUGCUUCUGAGCACAUAGAAGUCACUGAUAUCAACCCAACUGGUUUUCAAUGAUUCGUUUACGAGUACCUAAUACUAUCAAUCUUAUUAAUUUUUGAUUAGCCCUCAUCAAGCUAUAAAAGAUGUAUAUAUAUAUAUUAUGUGAUUUGGCAGUUAAAAAAUCCAAUACUUGUUAUCAAUAUUAAUUUAAUUCCAAAUAUGCAAACAAAAUAUCACCAUUUAAUUCGACAUGACGUGAUUUUUGGGUAUUACUGAUAAAACCAGUAAUUAUAAAUCGCAAAAAAAAAAAACAAAACAUGCCAAUGCAUAUCAAUUUUAGACCUGUAAAUAAAAUAUAUUUUAUUUUACAAGAAUACCGAUAUAGAAACCUGUCCAAUAACUAUAUACUCGCAUAGAUGUUCAUAAGGUGAUAAUUAUUAUUAGACGCCGUUGACCCGUGUUUAAAUUGACUAAUAAUAUUAUAAUAUUGUUAAACGCUGCGGCGGUGUUUUCAUACGAUCUUUUUUAAAGAUAAGAGGAAAUCGAUAUAACCGGUACGAAAUCGAACCGAAUAAAUAUUACAAUAGGUAUGUAUUUGCUGUCGUAAGGCAGCGGUUCCUAAACUAUUUGUAGGUCGGUGUUCUUUUUUCGGAUCAAAUUCACCCACGAUGCUCUUGCUAUGAACGCCACGAGGAACACACGAAUAAAAAAUUAAAGGGGAAAUCUAUAAUGUUAACGAAAUUCCCUUGAGUAAACCGUUUUUGCACAUUUCUACGGUUUUCAAGUCGUCUAAUGUAGAUAUUAAUUUAAAAUCAAAAUCGAAAAUACAUCCACGCGUGCUGCAGCAAUCUGCAUAUACCAAUACUUUUUCGUAUUAAUUCAUAUAAUUUCCAUUAUCCAUAAGCCUAUAAAAUGUUAUUGUACCUUAAUCGACUGCAGAAGGAAUACGGCCGGUUCGUGAUGGGAAAUAUUUAAAUAUCGUCUACAAUAUGGUUUGAUUAUGGCUUUGAAAUAUAAUUUCUAUAAAACACGCGUGCAAUAUUACGUAGGCAUAGUGAUAAACGAAGAAGCUAUUAAAUUUUAAGGUUAGGUCUGAGGCAAUAAUAUACUGUGGCGGCAGUGCGUUUUGUUAGCAUAAACCCUAAUCGCGUAAUUAUCGCACGGUGUUUAUGGCUCGUUCGUGAUCGUCACUCCGACACGCACGUUUCCCGAGCCCACCAACAGUGCCCGAGCCCACCCUUUCGUGUCGUUUACAUAUCCGUGUUAUCAUAGUAAAAUUCAGAACAGAGAACAAUCCAAAAUUAAUGUCGUGACAUUCGACAGUAAUCCGAAGAAAAAACAAAUCGUUAACGUAGAAAAAAAAAAAAAUACAAACCAUUUUUAAAUCUGUAUAUAUUUUCCCGAUCUUUCUGUAAACAAAUUGUUCAAAUCUUUAAUGUUUUUCACACUCCGGUAUUUAUUUAUUUUAUAAUCUAGCGUAAAACCUAUUAAUUACAAGAUAUGUUUUUUUCUCGGAAACUGCUUUCGGUUAUAGUAAAUGUUCCUGGUUCUUCGUAUCCUCUUAAACCUUAUAACACUUGGAUGACUUUUCGCCCGGUUGUAGUGACUUUAUUUGACAAUUAUUAUUCAUAAAAAAUGACUAUUCAGUGGUUUUACUUUUGUUGAUUUCCGGGUUACAAGCGGGAAAAUAUAUAUGUAUACAUAUAUAUAUACAUAUAUGACAAAUAGAUAUAUACAUAUAUUAUGUAUAUAUGCUUAAUAUAUUAUAUAACCUUACAUACAAUUUACCAAAUACAACGAUUUACCGUUGCUUUCGGUACAUAAACGAAACUUCCUCAUGUGCUUUCACGGUCCCAAAUUUCCACCUGCCACAGUAACCCAACCAAGGUGCGAAGUAUGUCUGACUUUUUUUAUUAAAUUGCGCAACAUUGGUUUUAAAAUGACGUUUGCGUUUACCUUUUUUUUUUAAAAAUUAUUUUUACCAAACUAAAGUUGUUUUUAAUAAUCUUAUAAAUAUUCCGACUGGAGUUCAGUAAACUGGUGAGGUGUUUUUCCCCGCGUGUUCAAAAUAACCUAAAACCAAUAAAAAUAAAACCGAUAAUGAAUCGUUAUUAGUUGUCAGUUUUUUAGUAAAACUGUUGAGAAAAUUUUUUCAAAUAAAGCAUAUCAGUUGGUGAAAUAUCCACAUCGUUUUGAAGGUAGAGCAUGAAAAAACCUGUGCAUUUCUCAUAACCAAAAGAAUUUAAGUGUAAAAAAAAAAAAACGCUUUUGUAUAUUUUUUUGUUAUUAUAUUCAUGCCUGAUUACACCAAAUAUUUACACAGAGAUAGAUUCGUUCAUCUAGAGUUAAAAUAAAUUCUAUUGAUAAACCAUGUUUUAAAUUUUAUCUGUUGAUAAAAAUGUAUGUAUAGUUAAAUUUCGUUAUCAAUGUUUUGAGUUGUUGUGGUGAUAAUAGAAGACAUUUGAUAAUAUUAAUAUUAUUAUUAUUAUAUUCAAGGUGUUAAUUUUAUACCUAGAUUAUAUUAACUAAUAUUACGUAUUUUUUUUAUUUUAGUAAAUUCUUUUCUUGUUUUUCUGACUGAAUAAUUUAAAUUAAUAAUUAACUUGAUUUAAAUGAUCGUCAGAUACAUCAGAUAUGUCUGAUGAAAAAAUAAUUUUAGAAAUGUUUAUGAGACUUCUAAAACCUAGAGUGAUUCGUGACAGGUAUAAUUCAAACAAUUUAGAUGAUUAUGAAUUUAAAUAUUUGUUUGAUUUUGAUAACGAGUUUUCUGGUAAUAACCUGAAUAUAAAACAAUGGUUGAGUAAAACUUUUAAAUUCAAUACAUGUUAAAAAUUUAAUUUAUAAACCGUUAGUUAUCAUUAUAUAAAUAUUUAACUUUUUAACACUAGAUUUAUCAAUAGAUAACGACAAGUUUGGUACAACCGGGUAUUAGAGUCUAAAAAUAAUUGAUCAAAUUUAAUUUCAACUCUUAUCAUUAAUUAAUUAUAUUGAAUUGGAUCAAUAAUUUAUUUUGUAUUAUUCGUAAAUGGCAGUUUUGUAAAGGCACGUGGGUGCCGAUAACUGUAUAUAUUACUCACCCUAUACACGAUUAAACUAUUUCCUAAAUUGAUUUUAUUAAGCCAAACCCUUUUUUUUAAUUUCGAUAUUGGUUCAACGAAUCGAUGAUAAAUUACUGCUGCUGGGUGAGUUUUUUUUUAUUAUUAUUUUUCGUUCGGUUUUUAUUCGGGUGACCUAUUAAUAAAUAUUAACGUUAUAUUUUUUUUUAAAAGUGCCUUCACCCAUCGUAUAAUAUAUCUGUAAGUUUUACUACUAAACUACUAAAGUAUAAAAUAUCAUAAUAAUAUAAUCACGUGUGUUUUUAUUUUGGUUUUUAAAUAGGCAGGUAUAAUAAUAGUAUGUUUUUUGUGUAGGUACCUAAUUGCAAUACCGGAACAUAUGAUUUUAUUGCAUUAUAGUCAAUAAUAAUAUUAUAUUAUACAUAAUUUAUUGUACGCAUAAUAAAAUAUUAAAUAACUACUACUGUAUUGUACAACGAUAAACUGAUAAAUGAAACAUACAAAUAUUAUUCAAUUUUAAACACUGUGUACCUAUAACUAUAUACGAUCUAUGGCAUAAUCGCUGCAAUAUAAACAUUACAAGUAGGUAUAUAAUAUUAUUUUAAUAAUAUUCUAGAAAAAAAAAAACAAAAAACCAGACAUGCCUACGUCGAUUUCGCGCCAUAAUAUUUAUAUUUCAUGUAGGCAACACUUUUGGACGUACUACAAGGGCACUGCACGCAGAUACGGCUAUGUGCAUUAUAAUGUAUUAUGCUGUAUAAUAAUAAGGUAUAGUUCUUAUUUAAUCCAACGGUGCGAUUGUAAUAAUUAUCAUCAUAUUUAAUGUUAUUUAAGAGCGUUAAAAAUAUUUUGGGAUUAUCAAACCCCUUUUGGAUCGUGUCGUAUAUUAUUAUUUAUUAUACAUGAAUUAUUUGACGUAUCAUAAAGGCGUCAAUAAGGAGUAACAAGGGUAUCGUUCUGCUCCCCCUGCCCCUAAAAAAAUACUUACAUUUUGAAAAUAUAUUGAUAAUGUCUGAUAUUUAUCAAUCGCGUCUUAAAGAAAAUUAUUCGUUUUUACUGUAGUAAGUUUUGACUUGUAGUAUGAAGUAAAAAUAUCAUAGUCAAAAUAUUUGGUGACUAUUUAUGUAGGUAUACAAAAUAAUAAUAUAUUCUGCGAUAGUGUAAUAACGUAAAUUAUUUUUCUCUAUGAAAUUUGCUUUUAUAAAUUAUCUUUAAUCGCCAUAAUAAUGGUAAACUAUGAAAUUGGUUGUAUUUUGAGUAAAAAGGUGUUAAAUAUAGGAUUACAGAUAUUAGUGAGCGAAGCAAUCAACAAAUUUGUCUACUUUCGAAAAAUAAGUGGAAUGCAAAUUUUGUAGUUAAUUUUUUUGGUUUAGAAUUUUUUGACUAGUGAUGCCCAUGUAACGUAAAAUAAAUAUAUUUUUUUUUAAGAAUAUUUUUAAGUUCAACAAGUUAUUUAUUCCAUUUAUUGACACUUUAUUUUAAUAAUUUAAUGACAGAUUUAUAACCACAGAAAUAUAAUACCUGAUUUUAUUUUCUCGUUUUUAAUCAGUAUUACGAUUGAAAAACACUCAAAGAUUUUAGAGAAUUGUAUUCAAAUUAUAUUGAACCAGCCGUUAUUAAAACAAAGGUGAAAAUAUGAUCCUUUGGUAAAAAUAGGGGGUACCUGCAUGGUGUUCCGGACGUUCUUCAUGAAUAUAAUCUAGAACUAUUUUCAAAUGUGUUGAAACUCCUUUAGAUUUCCGUGACACUGCUUGUUCCAUAUUGUGAAUCCGAGAGAAGUGUUUCUGCAUUGAAAAUAAUUAAAUCACAUCUUCGAAAUUCUAUUGGUUAGUCUCAACAUUAUUGGUUAAUCACAUUAAAUAUUCACCACGAAAUUGAAGUAACUGUUAAAGAUAUAAUAAUUAUUAUUCAUUGUCAUUCAAUAAGAAACGUCACAGUACUUAUUUGAUUCGACAAUGAUAAUUUAUUAUUGCAAUGAAUUUAAGUACUUUUUUUAAAUAUAUAAAACAUAUUUAUAAAUACAAUUUAUUAAUAAAACGGUCUUAUUAUUAGUGUUAUUAAUUAAAACUUUCCGUCUACUUUCAAAAUGCUAGUUACUCCACUGAGUCUCGUUAUUUAUACGCACUUGUUAAAAGAGCGUCAUAAUUGAAAAUUCGUCGUCUCUCUAUCCCUAAUAAAAGCAAACGUAGCAAAAAUGCGUUCAAACAAACGAAAAUGCCUUUAAAAUCGUUUUUAACGAUAAAAAAACUAUAAUAAAAUUUUCGGGCGACAAUAUUUCGCCUGAAAUUCACUGUCGAUUUUGUUUAUAAGUUUAUACUGAUUUGAUGCGAGUAUACGUCGUAUAUUUAUGAAGAAAUCAUAAUUUCUCUUGAUUUGAUUAAUUGUACCUGUGCAUAUAGAACCAAAACAUCCGAACGGCCGGCGACCGUUGAAUCUGUUCUCGUUCAUAACGGCCACGGCGAGAGACGGGUCCCAAGUGACGGAAAAACGUCUGCGAGAUAUUUCCGAAGAAUUAAAGGACAAACUGAUAAAAGGAACCGCGUUGAAAUGCAAGGAGAAAAAUGGUAAAUAUACUAAUUAGUUAUAAUAUUAUGUUGACACACGCCUGAUACACCUACGUGUUAUAAUAAUAUUUCAAAAAUACCGGUUUUUUUUUAUACUUUUGUACUAUGAAUAUUACGUACGUUCUAGUCGUCUAUCCCAUCAUUCAUUUUACCGAGGACCGAAAUUCAUUGAUGUCCGUGUUACAAGAUCAAAAAGAAUUAAAUGAACAUUUCAAAUUACACGAAGGUGAACAGUUUAAUACUUUUAUUAUAUUGUACAGGUACGUAGUUAUGUCUUAUAUGCGUAUGAAAUCCGGUAAAUAAUGACGAAAAUUUAUGAAAAAACCUUACUACAUGUCAGAAUAUUAAUCCGGGUGAUGAAUUGAUCACGGCACAUAUGUAUUUGAGUCGAGUGAAUUUACGUUUGUAAAAUAUAAUAACGUAGUGAUUAAUUAAAAUGAAUCGAUUCCAACAGAUAAAAAUAAAAUUGUUCUUAAAUAUUCUAUAUUACACAGUCACCGAGUUGAAUUAAAUUUAUUAUUUGAACUAGGUAUUAAAAUUUCACAAUAUUAAUAUAAAACGAUGAUUAAAUAAACGUGUCUUACAUUUUUAAUCAGAUAAAUUGAUAAUAUUAAUAAAAAAAAAUAAUAUUUCUCAAUGCUGGGUAACUUAAUGGAUAAUAUUAACGCGGAUAAGUUAAUACCAUUGAAAAAUACUUAACGAGUAAAUACGUUUAAAAUUGUUUUAUUGAUAUAGUAAGUAAAGUAAAAAAGUUAAUUUGAAAAUGUAAAUGAAUGUAUACAAGUUUUUUUUGUUGUAUAGUGAGAGUGAUUUAAACUAGAAUUUUUUUUUUUUGAGAAUAUCGAAUUAUUUAAAACUCAGAUCUCCACAUACAUUGAGUAAAAAAAAAAAAUUAUUAAUACGAUACUAUUUAAAUAGGUAGUGUAAGAUAGAUAUUAUAUUAAAAUUAACUGUAUAGGUACUGGAUAAUAAAUAUACUAAAUAGUAACGGUGUAAUGGUAGAAUUUAUAAUUUACCUAUAUACUUUAUUAGUUGGUGAAAAAAAUUUAUCCAAAAUAAGUGAAAUAAGUUAAAUAAACAGAGUACUAAUUUAAAAGCUAAAUUAAAAAGCAAAAUUGACUAUACAGCCUUGAAAAAUACCUUCUAAGAAUAAUAAUUAUUAUUAUUCACGCGGUCUUAUUAAAAUGAUAAAUACGUUCACAGUAUUUUUACUUUUUAAAAUCUCUCAUUUCAUUUCGUCAUGAUAACGUUUCUGAAUCGUAUAGAAUAUAAUGAUGUUUCCGGAUGAUUAUUUAUUUAUUUGUUUUUUUUUUUUUUUUUUUUUUUUUUUUGUUUAUCUCGCAUCGAAAUCUUUUAAAAUCCCCCGCCGUCGAGUGUAUUUAUGCAUUCUCACGCUUUUUUUUUUUUAAUUUUUAAUGCCACUCGUGAAUAAUGCGUUAUAACUCCAUUACGACUUACGACAAGUCAGUCAUUUAAGCCCGAGUAUUUAUUUUUAUUGCGUAGAAUAGGUUUAGGUACCUGGUUAUACAAGCGUCGUAUCUACACGAGGAGAGAGGUUUUACACAGACCGUUUUCAUACUAAAAUAUAUGUUUUUUUUUUUUUUUUUAUAAAUAAAUAAUUACGCUUUAGUCAACGCGUUUGGUUUUUGAUUAGCAGGCGUUUACCGGGAAAUCAAAAGUAUCGAAUGCGAAGACGGAAACGGCCCGUUCGUAACGACUUCCGCCAGCGUGUCGUACAUUGUUUCAGGAUUCAAAAUUCUCGACACCAGUUUCGUGGAGGUAACUAAAACAUUCAGAUUCAGUAAUAUCGUGUACUAUAGGGCGCAGUCUUACACCUGCUCGUGUUUCCUACUGGCGAAUAUUACUUGUCAUCUACAAUAUAUUAUGUUCGGGAUUUUUGUUGAAGGGUAACAUAAUUUUUUAUUGGUAUUUAUCGAUUUUUUGUUGAAAGAAUAUUCAAUUGUUUAACAUUUAGCGAUAACCAAUAUUUGUCUACGUAUACCGGGCGAUUCAUUUAAAUGGGUGCACUCAAUAUUUCGGAAAGUAUUAAUUUUUUUCGAAAUUUGUUUUCUAGAAUAUUCAAGAAACAAGCAGCUCUACAUUUUUAUAUUUAUAUUAAUUAUUGUCACUUUUAUUUUUAGGAGUAAAACCAUUACUUACUUUUGAUUUUUAAAUGGCAACCUAUAUUAAAAAGUUCAUAAAUAGAAGAAAUAUUAUUUAAUAUACAUUUUAGUGUUUAAAUUUUUAAUUUCUGUAAAGUCAUUUACGAAAUUUCACUUUUAAUUUUAGAUUGGAGGAGAGUAGUGGUGCAUUAUUAACACGCCGCGCGCCGUACCGCCACACAAAUGAUACUCCAGUACUCUCCUCCAACCAAAACUUAAAAGUAAAAUAUCUCCUCAACGGAUCGACGGGAAUCAAAACCUUCAACACUAAAAUGUAUUUUAACUAAUACUCCAUUUAUUUAUGACAUUUUUCAUAUAGGUUGUCAAUUGCAAAUCAUAAGUAGGUAACGGUUUUACCCUCAAAAAAUAUGGGUGAUCAAAAAUAAUAUACAUAUAAAAUUGUAGAAUAGCUUAUUUUUUAAAUGUUCUAGUAAACAAAUGCCGGGAAAAGUUAAAAGUUUCCGAGAUAAUGAGUGUACUCAAUUAAAUGGAUAACCUGGUACGUAAAGUAUUUCCGAUUUUAAUAUUAAUAUUUUAAAAUUAGCGAUUGGAUCGACUGAGUGUUUAAAAAACGAUUAAAUGAAAAUUUUAAAAUACAAAAUUGCAUAAUUCUUCAAUUAAUUGGGCAGCGAUGAAAUUUUAUCAUGUAUUCAUUCAUAUUCCAUAGAUAAACGGAUAGUUGUGUUUUAAUAAAAAACAUGAAAACUCUCAUAAAUACGAAUGUAUGUACUUGUAUUAAUUAGUUUUAAUUUUAAUUCUUCAUAAACGUUGGAUUUUAAUAACUUAAAAUAGUCUAAAUUUAACAAAUUAUCGAAAAAAUUGUUAAAAAAUACAACUUAUGAACAGUAAAUUCUGAAAAUGGUAUUUAAAAAAAAAUAAUAAUAAUAAUAUAAGUAGGUAUAUAAUACCUAUACUGUUGCAGUUAUUCUGGUAGGUGCCUACACACGCGGCGAGACACCCUGUAUUAACACACAAUAUAACGGUUAAAUGGUUUUUGUUAAUAUUUUUGUAUCAAACAUCAAUCAUUCGUCGUUGUAUAUAGUUUCGUCGCGGCAACAUUUGAAUUAUUACACUAAGAUGAUUAAUUUCAAAUUGAAUAUCAAAUUAUUACAAAUAAUAACACGCGGUGUUAACAGCUGGCUGCGUACAACAGUCAUCUGAUAUCCAUUACGAUAUCCACAUUUAUUUUUUUUUCAAACAGACAUUAAAUGAUGGAUAUACUUAAUGGCUCUAUCUCUCUCUUUCUCUCGAAAUAUAGAUCAUGUUGUAUACCAAUAUACUGUCUUAGAUAAUAUAUUUUUCGAUUUAUCUUAUUAACUAUAUUUAAUAAUUAUAUUACUAUUUGGAUAAUUUUAAACUCGAUUUUAUUAUGAAUAUUUGAUUUAUAUAGGUAAUGAUCGAAUCCUGGAAGGAUUGGACUGGCGCCAGGCACAUAUACCUCCACAUCCCAUACGAAUUGGGACUACAGAGAAUUUCGCUUUUGAAAAAAGUGGCCCCCGAUUCGUUGAACUCUUUCACGUACGUUGUACUUGCCGAGUGCCUGAACGUAAACACGGAAGAGAAAAAAGUAAAUUAAUAUUCAGAACCACGAUUAAAGAUAAUAUAAAUACACAUUAUACUGGUUGACAAUUGAAUCGUGAUAAGGUGAUCAUAUUAUCAGCGAACUUACUGAACUGGAAUUGGCACGGACGCUCCAGGUGUAAAUAAUCUCAACUAGCCGAACUAAUAAAUAAAUAAAAUUACAAUUUCUCAAUUUAAAUUUAUAAGAAUUAGGAAGAUGCGCAUAUAUGAAUGAUAAUUAUUUAUUUAACAACUUAGAAUAAUAAAUCGAAUACAUUUGUCAUAUUCUAGUUUGAACAACGUUACAGGUGCUAGUAUCUAAAUCCACUAUAGGUACCAGCUGACUUUUUAUAGUCAGUAUGGAUGAUCUUACAUCAUUCCUCAUGUUCCUUAAUUUAUCAGUCAAGACAUCACUGAUAACAACCAAAUCUGGCCCAUCAUAUCUCAUCAACCGACUUGUGAACAAGGUGAAUGAUUAAGCCAUCGAUUGUAUCAUAGAUAAAUUAAGGAACAUAAGGAUUACAUUGAGCAAGGGCGGACUGGGAAUACAAAUCAACCACAUUGAAACUGGAAAUUCAGCCAAAAAUAUUGAAUGUCAAGAGUAUAGUAGUAUGAUCCACAACUAGUAUUUAUGUUUUUUAGUUUUUAAUUUUUUAGUUUUUUUUGAUGUUUCCACUCACUUUUUUUUAAUUACCUACUUAGUUACAAUUACUAUAGAAAAAAAAAGUAAUAGUAAUAAUAAUUUAUCAACCCCAAAUAAUCCAAUCAGCUCAAAUUGUUGUCAGUUCAGGCAAAGAUCACCCACCCGCCACCCUAGCCAAUCCGCUCCUGACAUUAAGUAGGUAAUAGGACUGAUACGUGCAACCGGCAAUUUAUUAUCUUUAUUCGUGUAUGAAACAUAAACAAAUUGUACUUAUUUUAAAUAUUUAUCAUUAUAAUAAUUUGUACAGAUGAUACUGUUGGAUUUCGUUCAACGAAUGAGAGUGGAAAAAUUCUUAUCCGGUUACCUGUCCGUUUACGAGCUCCAUAAAACUUGAUCGACGACAUUAAGAACUCUAUGAUGACGCGUAAUACUAUAAUUUGACUCUAAUAUAUAGUGUAUAUUUAAUGUCGUUUUUUUUUUUUUUUUUCGUAAAUUAAGCUUAUGUUAUUUUUUUACGGUUUUUUGUGAUUCAUAAUAGUUAUAUACUGUACUAUAUGUUAUAAUAUUAUUGUGUUGAAACAAUAAACCUAAUAACCAUGUAGAUUGCUAUUUAUAUAGUAUAUAAUUGAAAUAAACAUACAUUUUUUUUAAUAA